AGGGAAGAGAUUCUAUUAACCAUAAUUCGAUAUAUCAGUACGAAUUGCACUUCGUAAGCGAUUCGACAAAUACCUGUUUAAUCUACGGUUAUACUGGAGACUAAAUUUGAAUAUAUCCAAUUUCUUUGUUAGUGAAGUGAAAGCUAUGUCUGCAUUAAGGAGGUUAUUGUUUAUGAUGAGAGAGAAUGUAAUUUUAAAAAAGAAUAUCCGCAAUCUGUCGACAAACAAUCAUCAGGAUGUAAACAUUAUUAGUUCGCCGUGUGAAGAUGUGGAUAUCCCCAGUAUAACUAUACCCGAACUGAUAUAUUCCAGAAUUGAGAAAUUUAACAAAUUUACAGCAUCAGUAUGCGCAGAAACUCAUAGAAGUUAUACAUUCGAACAAUUGCGGGUAAAAGCUAGAAACCUGAGCAAAGCCCUUAGAAAGAUUUUGAAGCUGGAAAAGGGAGAUACCAUAGCCAUUUUACUGACAAAUUCCCCAGAAUAUCCAUUAUGUGUAUUGGGAUCUUUAGAAGCGGGGUUAGUUGUUACUACAAUCAAUCCUCUUUAUACACCAGAGGAAAUAUCAAGGCAAUUAUCGGAUUCUUCAUCAAAAGCAAUAAUAACUUUUGCAGAUUUAUACGCUACCGCAAAGUCUGCAGCUAACUUAUCAAAACGACAACUGCCUAUAGUGACAAUCAAAUCAAAGAAUGAUGAGCUUUUACCCGAAGGGGCAAUAAUUUUUAAUGAGCUUCUGGAUAGUAAAAUCGAUCUUCCAGACUUUCAACCAGGAAGUGCAGACGACAUCGCCAUCCUACCAUAUUCCAGCGGGACAACAGGGUUACCAAAGGGAGUACAACUAACACACAGAAAUAUCGUUUCAAAUAUUCACCAAGCAACGUGCCCAGAUCUGGACUUCUCCCUACCACCAACAGAUAACUUUCAAGACAUAAUUCCUGCAGUUUUACCAAUGUUCCACAUUUAUGGGCUUACUGUCACUAUGUUUGCCGCCUUAAAUAGCGGAUGUAGAACAAUCACUCUCAGCAAAUUCACCCCUGAUCUUUAUAUAUCGGUUUUAAAAAAUUAUAAAACUAGCAUAAUAUAUGCCGCACCUCCUUUAGUAUUAUUCCUGACAUUGCAUCCCGGAGUGAAAAAAGAGUAUCUGGAAAGUGUUAGAAUAGUUUCUUCGGGAGCGGCGCCCUUAGGGGCGUUAGAUGAGGAACGAUUCUUACAGAAAUCUCCAAAGAAUACUAAGAUAGUCCAAGGUUACGGUCUUACCGAGACGUCUCCGGUAGUAACAGUGUGCUCCGUCAAACUAUUUGAACAAGGAAAAGCAACCGGAUCCAUAGGACAAUUAGUUCCUAAUACCUUGGCAAAAAUUGUAGCGAUUGAUGACGGCACAGGUAAACCCUUGGGACCUCAUCAACCUGGUGAACUGUUAGUUAAAGGACCACAAGUGAUGAAGAAUUACCACAAUAAAGAAGAAGAAACAAGAAAUGCAUUUCUGGAUGGCUGGUUCCGAACUGGAGACCUGGGGCACUACAACGAAGAUGGUGCAUUCUAUAUUACAGACAGACUCAAAGAACUUAUAAAAGUGAAGGGCUUCCAGGUAGCUCCCGCAGAACUGGAGGAAAUCAUCAGGGACUUCCCUGCCGUGGACGACGCCGCAGUCAUAGGCGUAGCCCACGACAGUUAUGGAGAACUUCCGAGAGCUUACGUCGUUCCCAAAAAAGGCGAAAUCCUGAAAGCCGCGGAACUAGCUGAAUACGUGGCUGAAAAGGUGGCAUCGUACAAGCAAUUAAAGGGUGGCAUCGAGAUCGUUGAUAGUAUUCCGAAGAAUUCAGCUGGAAAGAUUUUAAGACGUCAGUUAAAAUUGGCGUAUGAAAGAAAAUGAUUGAGCGCAACGAUUUAAUGUUUUUUUUUAUUAUGUGUAUUAUUGCUGUUUUUAUAAAGUGUAUAUUUCAGGAAAGCUAAUUUUUCCAAUUAAAUAAGAUUA